ACAAUAAAUAAAGACAACAACGGAAUAAAAAAAAGAAAGAAAAAAACGAAAAAAAAAAAUAUAUAUAUGAACUGUCAAUAUGAAGAAAAUAAUAAUAAUUUAAAUCAUGUCAAUAUACAAAUGAAAAAUGAAAUAAAAAAAAAUAUCCAGAAAAAAAUGAAUCAAAAUGAUUAUUUAUUAUGUACUAUAAAUGAAUUCUUAAAACAAGGUCUCAAAAAUGAAUGUAUCCCAUUAUUUCAAAGAUUACAACAGAAUCUAUUUUUUUUAGUCAUGUUAGCUAAUAGACCAGAAGACAACUUAGAUGAUGAACAAAGUAAUUAUUCUUCAGAAUAA